GUUACUGACCCAGGAGGAGCUGCUUUAGGAUAUGGAUCCCAAAGGAGUAAGGGGUACCAGGAGGCGCCGCUGAUCUGCACAGACCCCCUUUGCCUGCUGCUGCCCCACUGUGAACAGGGAGCUGCAGAGGAGCCACAUGGUCCAUCCCGGGAUUCUCCAAGCACUGACUCCCCAUCCACUCUGACCACAGCCAGGGGCCACAUCCCACUGCCUGCCCAGCGUCCAGCCAUGGAGGUGACCACCGUGUCCCCAUCUCCUGCCUCACCCACUGAAUGGGAGGAUCUCUGUGAGACACCUGUCACCAAUGUGGCCAUACACAGUGUGACACUGCUCGUCUGCCUCUGUGGGCUGGUUGGGAACGGCGCUGUCCUCCGGCUCCUCAGCCUGAAACCCCGUAAUGCUUACAUCUUUGACCUGGCUUUCACUGACUUCCUCUUCCUGCUCUUCACAGUCCCCUCUGCCCUCCUCCUCCUGGUGGAGGAUGUGUCCUGCUCUCAUAUCGUGCCCCUGCUCUACCUGAGUUUCCUUUUCCAGCUGUCAGCGAUCUCCUUGUAUUGGGCACUGUUCCUGACGACUGAUAUCAGCAGUACACUGGAUAUGUGCAUACUCUGCUGCCGCUGCAACUUUCCCGUGCGCCUGUUGUGGUUGGUGUACAGUGUCCACUACUGGGCCUUCUUUUCUCUCUUCACUAUCAUUCCUGCAGUGACAAAGCUGUGCCCACCACAGCAGCAGGAGCCCUGCCAGGCAGCUCUCAUCUCCGUGUACGCCCUCAUCCUGCUCCUCUUUGUUGCACCCACGGUCAUUUCCAGCACAAUUAAGUUCUUUAAGGCCAGGAGGGGAUCCAAGAAGCAGCAACCCAAGAGGCGCGACAUCGUUAUCUUCCUCGUGAUGCUCUUCAUUCUCCUGCUCAGCAUCUGCAAUGUCCUGCAGCAGCUUGUCAACACUUUUCUGCCUUCUGAGGUUUUGUUUCUGCUCAACUGCAUCCACAGCAGCAUCAAACCCUUCAUCUACUUCGUGGCAGGGAGGUGCUGGAGCAACUUCUCCUGGAGGUCCCUCCAGCUCUCCCUCCAGAGGGUCUUUGAUGAGCAGGAAGAAGAAGCUGCCCACAGCAAUGAUGCCUCCAUGGACACAGGGGUCUGAGCCUGGAGAUCCCUUCCACUGCUCUGCUGAAGGACCCUGGGAGAGUGGCUCAGGAUUUCCUUGAGCCACCUGAUUAAUAAAUAUCCACAGGAUCCCCCUCCCUGUGGUGCUGCAUUCCUGCAGGAGAAGGGAGCAGGGGCAUUGCCUUGGGUGAUUUUUGAGGGAUGCUCUGCAGGGAGCACAUUGGAGCAUGAC